AUGUAUAGUUUAUCUUCGGGCAAUGGAUGGUUGCCAGGAAAAGAUCUAUUUGUUUUACUUGAUACAAUAACUAAAUAUGCAUAUGAAUGGAGAAAUGUAUCAAAUGUUCUUAAAACAUGUUUUCUUACAAAUGGUACAGCAAAAAAAGUUGAAUCACUAAGACGAAUGAAAAAAUUUGUUGAAGAAUUUGGUCCUCUAUUACAUUUACCAUCAAUGAAUAAAAUUGUUAAUAUACUUAAAAAUUUAAGUGAUCCAUCGAUUGAUAAUUAUAUGAAACAAAUAACGACAAUUGACAAAGCAGCUUGUAGUUGGACAAGUCUUAUCUCGGGAACUAAUUUAAAUGUAUUUAAAGGAUUUGCUAAUGAAAAUGAUUUAGUAGAAUAUUUUCUUCAUCGAGCAUAUCAUGACAAUUAUACAGUUAUAGCUAGUGUAGUUUUUACUAAUGUUCAUUUAAAUGAUACUAAAUUACCUCCAAAUACAAUAUAUAAAAUUCGUCAAAAUGCUUCAUUAACACCAUCAACAAAACGUGCAAGAGAUCGAUUUUGGGUACCAUCCCCAUCACAAAGUGGUUUUGUUUAUCAUGAUUUUGGAUUUAGUUGGAUUCAGGAAGUAAUUGAUCGUGCAAUAAUUGAUACUCAAGUUGGUCGACCAGUAAUUGAACCUGGUUUAUUUUAUCAAGAAAUGAGUUAUCCUUGUUAUACAUAUGACAAUUUUCUUCAAAUGAUUCAACAUGCUCUUCUAUUAUGUUUAACAAUAUCAUGGGUAUAUGCAUUUGCAAUGUUAACACAAAGUAUAGUUUAUGAAAAAGAAGUUCGUUUAAAAGAAGUUAUGAAAAUUAUGGGUUUAAGUAAUGGUGUACAUUGGAUUGCAUGGUUUAUAACAAUAUUUAGUCAAACAACAGUUGUUAUGAUUGCUGUAACAAUAAUUUUAUAUUAUGGAAAAGUUCUUAUGCAUUCAAAUCCAUUUUUAAUAUUUAUUAUUUUUGAAAUUUAUGCUCUUUCGACAAUUAGUCUUGCAUUUCUUGUUAGUGAUUUUUAUUCGAAAGCUAAAAUAGCUGCUGCUUGUUCAGGAAUUAUUUAUUUAUUAACCUAUGUACCAUGUAUGUAUAUAUCAAUAAGAGAAGAUUUAGCACAAGAUACAAUACCUAAAUGGACUAAAAUGUUAGCUUCUUUAUUAUCUACAAGUGCUUUUGGUAUGGGAGCUAAAUAUAUUGCAUUUUAUGAAAAUAUUGGCACAGGAAUUCAAUUUGAUAAUAUUCGAUAUAGUCCAGUUGAAGGUGAUCAUUUUACUUGUUUUGAAACUGUUCUUUUUAUGUUAUUGGAUACAUGUAUUCAUCUUAUUCUUAUGUGGUAUAUUGAAAAUGUUUAUCCAGGUACAUAUGGAAUACCAAAGAAAUGGUAUUUUCCAUUUACGAUUAGUUAUUGGACUGGCGAAACAUAUAAUGAACCUAAUUGGAUAAAAAAAUUAAAAAAAAUAAACUUAUUUAGAUGGAUUAUAUGUAGAAAACGUCAUACGUCUUAUAAUCUUCGUUGGUCAACAUCAUCCUUAAAUCAAAUAGCCAAUGAUCCUAAUAGAAAUCAAGGUGUUAUCAUAGAUAUUAUAAUUUUUCAUUUAAAGUUUAGUUUAUCAAUUAGAAAUUUAUUUAUUUUUAAAUAGAAAUAGUUCAUUGGAGACGCAGAUCGGAAGUUAUUUUUUCUGGAUAAGUUCUUUUUGCAUAGACAUAUGUAAAAAUGUUGGCUGUUUCAGUUGACUAUUAAUUUGAAUUAAUUAGCGGAUAUAUCUCUAACUAUACGAGAAAAAUAUCCGAAAACUUCAGGAUAGACUCUAAGACAAGACCUACAUCUAUGGUGAAAUUUUUAGGAAGAUUGAACUCCAAAAAGCUUCCUGUAACAAAGCGACUUUCUAAAGACCCUAUCAAAUUCUGAAAUAAAAAUUUUCGUCUUGUCAUCGUUUAGAGAUUCCGAAGACGAAUAAAAAUAAGCUCUAGAAAUAAUCAUUAUUUCGAGAUACACAUGUUUUAAUGUUGCGAAGUGACGUCGUUAACGAAUGAAAUGGUCCAUAAAUAGUGUUAGUUAAAUAGUUAUUUUCAAG